UGUUUAUAAGUAAUUACAGAAUUAUAUGUAAUGUACAUUAAAUGUAUUACUAAAGUAAUUGAUCAUUAAUAAAGAGUAAUUUAGUAACUCCUUAAUUUCACAGUUAUUCACCUGUUUUGAGUUUAAAGUUCAGUGAAAUAACAUGAGUCUUCUUCUCUGUUUCUCGCAGCCUAAUGGCAGAGGAAGGGACUGCAUCUUCACAGAGAUCGUCCUGGAGAACAACUACACUGCUUUCCAGAACGCUAAAUAUGAGGGCUGGUACGUGGCCUUCAGCAGAAAGGGUCGGCCCAUCAAGGCCUCCAAAACCAGGGAGAACCAGCGGGAAGUUCACUUCAUCAAGCGCCUCCACAAAGGACCACUCCCCUUCCCAAACUCAGACCAACCCAAACACUUUGAGUUCAUCAGCUUUCCACCGACCCGACGUGCGAAACGCAACCGAAAACCACACUCUGCUUCCUAACACCAUGCCACACAAACUCAUCCGACUGUUAAUAAGAAGAAGAGGCAGCUUUAUUUUUAUAUGUUUUCGUGCGUAAUGGACUUGAAAAAGCCAGCGACACUGAAUGGAUGCUCAUCGGGGUGACUUGUAAAUAUGGCAAGAUAGUAAAAGAGAAUGUAUAUAUUUAAUUAAGGCGGUAUUUGUAUGUGUGUUGUGUGAGCAUUUUGUAAAGACUUCAAGACAAUAUGCUCAAUAUUAAACAUGAUAAAAAAGCAAUUUCCCUUUGAGGGGAAUAUAAAUGUAAAAUGAAAGAUAAAUCAACAUUAGUUUCCACCGAAGAUGUUGGAUAUUACCUAAUGUGUCUG